AUGUCGAAUGACAUCAAGGCAAAAUUAAAACUACGCAAAAAGAAAAAGGUAGCAGAAAAGAAGCAAAAGAAGGAAUUGGAUCUUACCAACGUUAAAAAAAUGCCGACUGAGCAAAAGAAAAUAAGGUUUAAACCAAAUGCGCAAAUGCUAUCUGCCAUAAUACACAACAAUCAACGCACAAACGAUCGCAUGGAUAAGGAGGAACUCAGACGUGCUGAGGAAGCCUUACAGAAAUUGGACAGGUCUGGAAGGAAAGUUAGACUGAUGACUGAGUAUUUGACUGGGAAGAAUUAA